UACUCUCAGCCCCGACAAACAGAAGUCUCUCGGUUUGGCUGGCAGGCGAGUACGGAAGACAACUGAACAACACCAGGACCGAGUGAUUAAACGAGGCUGCCGCUGUAACUAACUGAACACUCUUUAUUUUUCACACAUUUCACAGUCAGUCGCUUCCUGCUUCACUUGCUCUUCCCUCUCGGGGUUUUCUCUCUCUCUUUUUAAAGACUUUAACUCGCCGUUCUCACAUUUUUCGGCCGAAGAAGAAACAACCGGGUAAAUAAAGCGAAAUAACGGCCACGGUUCGGUUUGGGUGAAAUGUGCGGAGAUUCCCACUGUGUGCUGAGGAGGGUGUCCAACACAGAGCUGUAGUUUCUCUUCAAGAAGGCGAGGAAUGCAAUCUGAGCAUCAAUGUUUCACUGGGGCAAGUGGAAGAAGAGGAUGGGAGCCAAUAGUUCUUCAAAGAGACCAGUUUUCGAUGAAAAGGAAGAUGUGAACUUUGACCACUUCCAGAUAUUGCGUGCCAUCGGGAAAGGCAGCUUUGGAAAGGUAUGCAUUGUGCAAAAGAGGGACACAGAGAAGAUGUACGCCAUGAAGUACAUGAACAAACAGCAGUGCAUAGAGAGAGAUGAGGUCCGAAACGUCUUUAGAGAGCUUGAGAUCCUACAGGAAAUUGAACAUGUUUUUUUAGUAAAUCUCUGGUACUCGUUCCAGGACGAGGAGGACAUGUUCAUGGUGGUGGACCUCCUCCUGGGAGGAGACCUCCGCUACCACCUGCAGCAGAGCGUCCAGUUCAGUGAGGACGCCGUCAAACUCUACCUCUGUGAGAUGGCGCUGGCGCUGGACUACCUGCAGAGCCAGCACAUCAUCCAUAGAGACGUCAAACCGGACAACAUCCUGUUGGACGAGCAGGGUCACGCUCACCUGACGGACUUCAACAUCGCAACAAUCAUAAAGGAUGGAGAGAGAGCCACGGCCUUAGCUGGAACCAAGCCCUACAUGGCCCCAGAGAUCUUCCAGUCGUUUGUAAGUGGAGGGACGGGUUACGCCUUCGAAGUGGACUGGUGGUCACUGGGGGUGACGAUCUUCGAAGUGCUGCGUGGAUGGAGGCCCUAUGAUAUCCACGCCAGCAACUCAGUGGAGUCCCUGAUUCAGCUCUUCAGUACAGUCAGUGUGCAGUACAGCCCGGCCUGGCCCAAGGACCUGGUUUCCCUCCUGAGGAAGCUACUGACGGUGAACCCAGAGCAUCGUUUCUCCAGCGUGUCCGACAUGCAGACAUCUCCCUACCUCGCUGACGUCAACUGGGACGCCGUAUACGAGAAGAAAAUGGAGGCUGGAUUCGUCCCUAAUAAAGGUCGGCUCCACUGCGACCCCACCUUCGAGCUGGAGGAGAUGAUCCUGGAGUCACGUCCCCUCCACAAGAAGAAGAAGAGACUCGCCAAGAACCGGUCUCGAGACAACAGCAAGGAUUCGCAGUCUGAGAACGACUACCUGCAGGAGUGCCUUGAAGUGGUGCAGCAAGAGUUUAUGAUCUUCAACCGGAGCAGGUUGAAAAGGCGUCAGGAGGAGGGUCAGUCUGAGGCCGGGGCCGACGACGCCAGCGGAGACGGGGACAGAGAGGCCGAAGCCGGGGGGGCCACCGACGACGACGCGCCCGACCCGGACCCGGACCCGGGUCCCGAGCCGGAGCCCGAGUCUUCGUCCUCCAAGCUGAGCAUGUGCGGCUCGGUGUGCUCGUCCCCCGGCAGCUGCUAGCACUGACGGUCGCUGGUCUCUCCGGCCGCCGCAGCUGUUUGUGCCAAUAGCUCGUCCUCACCUCUGUCUCCUCUGUCGUAGCUCGGAGUGGAGGAAACGCACAGCAGGGCCACUUGACGCACAGCAGGACCUAAAAUGGCUCCCACCAUUUCCCUUAUCUUUCUUUUCUGUAGCAUCCUUCCGGUAAGGCAUGAAUGAAGCGGAGAGUCCCCUCCUACUGUAUCUGUCCCACCUAGAGUAAGCUCUAACUUCUAUGCAAUGUUACAGUAUAGCAUGACAAAUAAGGUAUCACUCAUUAGGAGGUGUUCAGGAGCAGAAAGCUCCACGAGCAUGAUGACAUCCCGAGCAAUAGCAGUCCACGUGGUCUCCUGUUCUUUUUGUGGGGUUGGUGGUUUUGGUGGAGACGCCUCCCCGCUCUGCCUUCCUGUUCAAAAUCUGAUGGGUCGACUGAAUUAUUCAGCACCUGCAGGCUCUUAGUUUAUGUUGUUGCCUGUGUCUUCAGUUCACUCUCCCCCUCAGCCUCCUUCAUGUACCGUGUGCCCUGAAUCGGAACAAGUGUUUUUCAUCUCCACCUUUUCCAGUUAGUGUUCGUGGCCGGUUUCACGUCGUAAACCUGUUAAAAGUCGGUGCCUGUUGAUGAUAAUCAGUAUUGGUUAAUGGAUGCAUCGUAGGUCAGAGUGGUAGUUUGAGUUUCCUCUCUAAGCGUUCGCCAACACGUCUUUUUCCAAGCUUUUUUUAGGAUGAUGGAUGCUGUAAUUUAUGGGAAAUCAGUGCAGCAAUCAGAAUGAAAUGUAGUGUUAUGGGCCUGCACCGUCUGAUUCAGAGAGAAACUCUGCUCUGGGGAAUAAAUACCAAUCAGCAACAAUCACAUCCUUUAAUAAUCUAUUAGAAAGCUCUGUUUGCUUCACUAGACAUCAUCCUCUCUUUAAGUGCUUGGUUAGUAUAAAGAUCAUCUCCCUGUAGUUUGUUUCAGAGCUGUACUUAAACGUGUAGCUGUGCCCUGUUGGUACUUCAGAUUGUAUAGAUGAGUUAGUCUAUUGCUGUCAUCGUGAUAGUGGUAUAUUUAAGGUGGCACCAUUAAUCUCAGCGUGGGAUUAACACCUGGGAACAUGUAGCAAAAGUCCACCUUAAAACCCUAAGGCCUAAUAAAAUGAAAACCAUGUAAAUAGCAUACGGUAUAGGUAAUUAAACUCACCACAGUUUUAUGUGGGACUGCGAACUCGACAUAUAAACUAAAGGAAGAGCUGCGUGAAGCUUCUCACUGCUUCAUUCUUCUCUUCUUUCCAAGUGUGCAGGCACAACUUGUAGGCAAAAUAUGCCAAAGCUUUUCUACCAUUUGCAUAACCAUUUCUAAGGAACUUUGAGUGUGUGAAUGUAUGUCUCUUUUCCCAGUAUAACAUAAAGUCAACGUUCCUUCUGCAAGUGAAAAAUCAUUUAUACAAUCAUAUUGUGAUUAUGUAUAAAGUAUAUAUUUCAGGUUAGGGGGUGACCUCAAAUUGAUAGUUUUGGGAGGUUUGUCUAUUCGCUGUCUCUAUAAGGCUGAAAUGAGAAGAUUGAAACCACUGCUGCAAGUACGAAGAGGCAGUAGCCUA